GUUUCCUUAGUUUAGUGUUGCCUGUGUUGUGCCCGAAAGUAGUGUUGUAGAUUUUACUGCGCUGUGCCCGUAAUCAUUGAGUGACCGCCCUGUGCGUGUGUUGCCGCGUCAGGAAGGGAGUGUUGCGUCUCCAGGAGGGUCUUCCCCUUCCGAGUGGCGUCCGCGCUUGCUUCCUUCGUCAGGCACCUCCCGCCUCACGCCUUGCUUCCUCCCGUCUCCCAGAGUCUACACACCUGCACUCUUGAGGCACCUCCCGCCUCACGCCUUGCUUCCUCCCGUCUCCCAGAGUCUACACACCUGCACUCUUGAGGCUGCUGGCGAGAGGAACUGCCGUCCCAAGCCCUCCACCAUGGCCGCCGCUCCGAAAGUUUGCGUCCGUCGCAUUAAGCUUAUCUGUCUCAUGGAGAACGCAGGCAAGGACGUCUUGACCUUCGUGUUGAAGCGCGGCGCGCUGAACGCCCCCGCCACGCCGCCGGGCCAGUCCCUCACUGACUACCUUGACAACUUCCCUGAAGACUCGACAGCCAACUAUGGAAGGAUGAGUAAAAAACAAAAGAAAGCAGCAGUGAACCACACCGACCGCCGCCAAGCACAACGCUUCCCUUUAUGGGACAAUUUUGACGUGACUUUGCUCUGCAAAGCAAUAAAGCUGACGUGCGAAGGCCUGGCGAGAGAUGGCGAUCCCGAAUGGGGGAACCAGAACACCCUGGAGGGAUUGGUAACGAAAAUCAAGGAUGAGCGGAAUGAACUCUUUCAUGAAGUGAAAUCUUUCAGCGAGGCAGAGUACCAGCACAAAGUCAACGAGUUAGAACACCUCUUUAUCCGAGUCCUCGCCGCAGCCAAGACCAAAUACUGCAUUCCUGACGCAGAGGUGACACCCGUGCAGGACAACGCCCGGCAGGUCGCUGAUACCUUCAGAAAAACAGGAAUGGAGAAAGAAAUUUUAAAAGAUUAUUUCAGUAUCAUGCACCAAGAAUUUCUGAGAGACACUCAGACCCACCUCAAAACAUCCUAUGAUCGAGUGCAAACCUUUGAUCCUCUGUCCUUCCUUACCGACUCCCCAAAACACCAUCAUCACAUCCAGGACAUUUUCUGCAAGAUGUCCCUCGUGGAAGGAAGAGGACACCGCCAACAGAGGCGAGACAUCGACACUUGCGACGUGCUGACGGUGACGCGCCGCGCGGGACAGAAUCCACAGCCGUCCACAUCCUCAUCGGCCACGCCGCCCACGCACGGCGCCAAGCCACAGCUCAUCCUGAUCAGGGGCGUGGCAGGAAGCGGCAAAACGACCCUGCUCACCUUCCUUGUCUCAGAGUGGCUUCAGGAGCCCGGCGCCUGCACCAUCAAACACCUGGACGAGUACGACAUCGUGGUGCGUGUCUUGUGCCGCGAUAAUGAAGGCCCAUCUCUCCAGAACUUCCUCAAAGUGAUCCUCCCAAACCAUUUUGCUGUGAUGGACGAACACCUCAUCCCCCUCCUACAACAAAGCAAAGUUCUCUUCCUGAUUGACGGCCUGGACGAACUGUCGCCAGGCAGUCCAUCACACAGCCUUGUGAAGGACAUCCUCUACAUAUCGAAAUACUCGCCAGGCUUCACACUCGUCUGCACAUCGCGUCCCGAAACAGUGCAAGACUUCCUGGCCAAAUUACCUGAUGGUUAUGAGGUGUGGGACAUGGAGAUGAAAAGUGUUAGCCAUGAACAAAGAAUUCAUUUUGUCAUGAAGCAUUACAACAGCUUCCCAGACAAGGGGGACAAAGACCCUGAGAGGCUUGAGUACCUCAUGAAACACAUUGGCUGGAAGGAUUACCUCGGCCUGCCAUUAAAUCUAUUGUUCGUGGCAACACUUUUCUACAUCGAUCAAGACAAGAUCAAGAUCACCACCACCCAGACCAGCCUGUACGUCACCAUUCGAGACUGGUGCAUAGAAAAACUGCAGGGCAGACUCACAGAUGAUCCACGAGACACAAAGACCCGCGAGGUCCUCAUCUCUAGGGUUCUACAAGAUAUAUACGACACUUCAUUGCAAGGUCUUCUACAAGACCGACUCACUCUGUCAAAACAGGAAGAGCAGAAGCUGAUUUGUUGCUGCCUUGGAAAAGGAUUACCCAGCAAGGAAGUCAUCCCAGCGUUUUUCAAUCUUCAAGACACCAGUGACAGGCUGGGGCAUCAUCAGAAGUACGCAGCCCCACACAAGAGCCUACAGGAAUUCUACGGUGCAUCAGCAAUCGUCCACAAGCUGGUGGAGGGCUCACACUCAGCAAACAUACGUCGCAUGCUUCACGACCCGCCGCCAGAACAGCUCCGGAACUUAAGGAACCUGCUGCUGCACGUGGCAGGUCUCCUCUGCCACCCUAACACACCACUUUGUGCUGCAGCCAUACAAGAGGUGGUGGACCUGCUGGCGGAGACUGGUGUGGAAAACUGUGAUGAUUGGCUGUCCAUGCUGGAGGACACUGAAGUGAACAGGACUGCCUUGGAUUGUGUUGUCAGACACAUUACAAGUCAUGAGAGGGAGAGGGUAACAAUAACAGACAGCACCAUCACCAGUGCCAGGGCCCUCCUCCCCCUCAUCCCCUCCAAGGAGGUAUGGAUAAAGCUAAGCAGGAAGGAAUCAGACGUGCAGGGGCUCAUCUUGGAACACCACAAAUACACUGUGCUGCACCUGCACCACCAAUACAGGCAUCCAGACCAAGCCACUCUCUGUGACUCCUUGCUGCGUGCCAUGCCCAGGAGUCACCUUCAGUUGUUCACGGGUCACCUAAGUGGUGCCGGCACACAGCUGCUGCAGGAGUGCCGGGGCCUGGAGUGGCUCAGCCUGGCCGUGUGUGACCAAGACGCCCAAGAGGUUCUGGCCGCCAUCAGCGCCGUCCACGCGUCGCUGCCUCAGCUACACACCCUCUGCCUACACGUCCCCGUGGGUGCCGUGAGGACACAGGCGUGCACCACACGGCUGCCUGGCGGCCCACGGGUGAGCCUCGUGUUGUCUGGCGUGGACGAGAGGCUGCUGGAGGAGGCGGCCCAGAUAGCACAGCUCCUGCAGCCCACACAGCGCCCAUACUGCAGCAUCAGGUUCCCCGGCAGCAGCAUGAAGGCAGAUGUGUGGCGGCGCUGCCUUCACAAGCUGGCCAAUGCCGGCGUCACGCUGCGUGGUGGUGGUGGUGGUGGUGGUAUUGUUAUUCUUGGUGGUAUUGAAGCACCGGACACCAGCCCCAUCACGGAGGAGGAGGAGAGGGAGCUGCACACCCUUGCCACCACCACGAUGUUACAUGCCUUCAAAAGACGGCCUGAAAAGAACCUGUGGAAGGUGCUCCUGUAAUCCCCGUGACGGCCAGACUCAUCGGUGCUGGAAGUGCAUCCACUCACGAGGCAAACACCUGGGCUGCAUUUAUCCUACUGCAUUGUGUGUGUACAAGUCUACAGUGUGGCGCUCUCUCUCUCUCUCUCUCUCUCUCUCUCUCUCUCUCUCUCUCUCUCUCUCUCUGAUGAUUCAAAUUAUAUUCCUAAGUUUGUUAGAAUUCCUAAGUCUUGAUCUCUCUCUCUCUCUCUCUCUCUCUCUCUCUCUCUCUCUCUCUCUCUCUCUCUCUCUCUCUCUCUGAUGAUUAAAAUUAUAUUCCUAAGUUUGUUAGAAUUCUUAAGUCUUGAUCUCUCUCUCUCUCUCUCUCUCUCUCUCUCUCUCUCUCUCUCUCUCUCUCUCUCUCUCUCUCUCUCUCUCUCUCUCUCUGAUGAUUCAAAUUAUAUUCUUAAGUUUGUUAGAAUUCUUAAGUCUCUCUCUCUCUCUCUCUCUCUCUCUCUCUCUCUCUCUCUCUCUCUCUCUCUCUCUUUCUCUGAUGAUUCAAAUUAUAUUCUUAAGUUUGUUAGAAUUCUUAAGUUUUGACUCUCUCUCUCUCUCUCCCCCCUCUCUCUCUCGCUGUUUGUGUGUGUGUGUCCGUGGUGGUGGGUGAAGUUUGAAGUUGUGUUGGUAAGGUGGUGGCGAGUGUGAGUGUGAAGUGUCGGUGUGCAGUGUGUGUGAGAGCCAAGUGUCAGUUAGGAUCACGUUAGUACAAGGUGGGCCCAAGCAAAGUUGUGGUGCAGUUUGCAAUGAUUGUUGAUGGUGCACGUGCAGUUUUCCUCGUGGCAAAGUUCACGCCAGAAGUGAGAGAGUCAAGUCACCACAAGACAAGGCUCAGUGUUCUGUCGUGAAGUCUGCGGUGACUGCUGCUAUCACUUCCCACCUGCAGUAUAUACCUUUUAGCAAAGUUUACUUACAAGUUGUGAGUCACCACAAGCCCGGGACUCAACACUCUAUUCUUUAGUGCCUGAUGAUUCUUAAUUGUUCAUCUGCAGUUUGUGUUGCAGCAACGGUUGCGCCAAAACUAUGUUAGUGCGCGCCGAGGAUGCAAGAUGACUGAUUGUCAGUGUUGCGUGCGGUGCGUGUGUUUAGGCCAAGUGUAAGUGACGGCUGAGUUAGUGCAAGAUAAGGCUGAGUAGUGUUCUGUUCUGAAGUGUGAGGCGGUUCUUGGGGUCACUUCCCACCUGCAGUAUGUCUUGUGGCAAAGUUGAAGCUGAGAAUUAAGUUAGUACAAGCGGAGGAUUCAAGUGAUUUGGUUCACCUCACGGUGAUUCUUAAUGUUUGUUGCACCUGCUGUUUGUCUUUAGGCUAAGUUAAGUUACAACUAAGCUGAGUUACAACCACAAGCUGAGGGUGAAGGCUGCUGCUGCUGCUGCUGCUGCUGCUGCUGCUGCUGCUGCUGCAUGCAGUCUUCACCUCAACUUGGUCAGGUUGAUGCUUUCUUCAUUUCUGUGUUGAGUUACAAGUUUACUACAAGUGGUGGCAGGUUUGUCACGUUCUCGUAAGUGGAUGCACGGGUGUGAGUGUGGCGGUGGUGGUGGUGGUGGUGGUGGUGGUGGUGAGAGCCGUGCAUUCCCCAGGGAAGGGGAACGCCCGCCACGUGCAAGUGUGGCGAGGAGCUUCACCACAAACACUGUAUUCUCUGUACCACACAUGGCUGAUUCCCUCAUUAAAAGCUGUAGUACAA